UCUCAUCUGACCUUGACAUCUUGCUGUUUGAUUGUAUAGAUGCUCCUUUCUGGUUUUGCCAGAUCACUUCGCAGAAAUUUCAUUUCAAUAUCUGCACCUUGUUUUACAGCGUAUAUUAUCUACAGUGACUACCAAGCUUGCGAAAGGUACAAAAAAUUAAAGGAUAAAAAUGAUCAGUGCGUCUAAGUUGAGUAGCAUGCAAAAGUCUGUGCUUUUUGGCUUGGGGUUCGUUGGAGGAAUUACAGCGGUUUAUGCACUCACUCGUCUACUUCCUGACAAUGAUCGAUUGAAGGGUAAAACAGCAUUAUACCGCGACAAAAAGAUUCCACCUGGUCAAGACCCUUGGAAAUAUUGAUAGUAUUUAGUUUUAGUACAAAUAUAUGACUUUAGCCCCAAUGUCUUCGUUUUUUUUAUUGCUAUAUUUUUGCCUAGCAGUUAAUUUGCAUGUCCUCUUUUAGCACUUUACAGUCUGACUAAUGGAGAGAUCUUCCAAAAGAAUUCAUAACGAAGAUGAUUUAACGAAUGUAGAGUUUGAAACAUCGGAAAAUAUCGAUGUGAUUCCAUCGUUCGACUCAAUGUGUCUUCGAGAUGAUCUGUUACGUGGGAUUUACGCUUACGGUUUUGAACGGCCAUCAGCUAUCCAACAGAGAGCCAUAAAACAGAUAGUAAAAGGUCGAGACGUGAUAGCUCAAGCUCAGUCAGGAACUGGAAAAACAGCAACACUGGGUAUAUCUAUUUUACAAAUGUUGGAUACACAGUUGCGAGAAACUCAAGCUCUUAUAUUAUCUCCAACACGCGAAUUAGCUUCACAAAUACAGAAAGUAAUUCUUGCGUUAGGCGAUUAUAUGAAUGUUCAAUGUCAUGCCUGUUACGGUGGGACUAACAUUGGGGAAGAUAUCCGAAAGCUGGAUUAUGGGCAGCAUGUAAUAUCUGGGACUCCAGGUCGUGUAUUCGAUAUGAUACGUCGUCGUAGUUUACGGACAAGAGCAGUCAAAUUAUUUGUUCUCGAUGAAGCCGAUGAAAUGUUAGACAAAGGUUUCAAAGAACAAAUCUAUGAUGUUUAUCGAUAUUUACCUCCUGGAACACAAGUGGUUCUCCUUUCAGCUACUAUGCCACACGAGAUAUUAGAAAUGACAUCAAAAUUCAUGACCAAUCCUAUUCGAAUUUUAGUAAAACGUGAUGAAUUGACUUUAGAAGGCAUAAAACAAUUUUUUGUUGCAGUAGAACGAGAAGAAUGGAAAUUCGACACAUUGUGUGAUCUAUACGAUACACUCACUGUUACUCAAUCUGUUAUUUUCUGUAAUACAAGACGUAAAGUUGCCUGGUUGACAGAAAAAAUGCUGAAGAAUAACUUCACCGUCGCGUCUAUGCAUGGUGAAAUGGUUCAAAAGGAACGAGAAGAAAUUAUGAAAGAUUUCCGUGCUGGUGAUAGUCGCGUUCUCAUAACAACAGAUCUAUGGGCAAGAGGUAUUGAUGUACAACAAGUAUCUUUGGUCAUUAAUUACGAUUUACCGAAUAAUCGUGAAUUGUAUAUUCAUCGUAUUGGUCGAUCUGGUCGUUUCGGACGUAAAGGUGUUGCAAUUAACUUUGUGAAAACGGAUGACAUCAAAAUUCUACGAGAUAUUGAACAGUAUUAUUCGACACAAAUCGAUGAAAUGCCAAUGAAUGUUUCAGAUCUUGUGUAAAAAAUAAUAAUUUUUAAGGUCAUGGUACUUUCUUGUCGUUGAUCUAAUAAAAUACUUAUCUUUUUUAUCGUUCUUAA